AUGUGUCUUACGUCAUCAUUAUGCGUCUAUAGUCACCGCUACAUGUGAAGAAAACAUGGGGAGGCAGUUAGUUUGACAUUUAACUAAUGUUUAAGUAAAUCCACACAACGCUGUAUGCGACGUUUGUGAGCCAAAGUGUAACUUUUAACCACGUUAGGACUCUGUAAGUAGCUAAAAGUGAGGUAGCCUAAAGUCUGGUUGGCUAGCUUUUAGCCUGCUAACAGCAUGGAUAACACGGAGGAAAAUGCGAUUGAGAUCCACGGAGAUGAGGAAAUUAUUGAAGUAAUCGACCUAAACGAGACGGAGCCUGGUCCCGAUGACUUGGCUGAUGACUUGGAGGACGUUGACUUUGAAGACCCUGGAAACGCAGAUGAUGAAGGCUGGGAGACUGAGGACGAGAUGGAAGCUGAGGCAGAGCAAGAUGACAGCGAACUCACCUUCUCCAAACACACCGGCUCAGUCUUUUGCGUGAGUUUGGAUCCUGCGACAAACAGCUUGGCUGUAACAGGAGGAGAGGAUGAUAAGGCCUACGUUUGGAGGGUGAGCGACGGAGAAGUUCUGUUGGAGUGCACAGGUCACAAAGACUCUGUGACGUGUGCCGUGUUCAGCCAUGACUCCUCCAUGGUGGCUUCGGGUGACAUGAGCGGCAUGAUUAAAGUUUGGAAAGUAGAAACCAAAGAGGAGAUCUGGUCCUUCGAAGUGGGAGAUCUGGAGUGGUUGGAGUGGCAUCCCUGCGCUCCGGUGCUGCUGGCGGGAACAGACGACGGCAACGUGUGGAUGUGGAAGAUCCCUUCAGGAGACUGUAAAACCUUCCAGAGUUCUGCAUGCCAGGCCACCAGUGGCAAAGUCCUCCCUGAUGGUAAACGGGCUGUAGUGGGUUAUGAGGAUGGAACGGUACGCGUGUGGGAUUUGAAGCAGGGAAACACCGUCCAUGUAAUUAAAGGUCAGGACGGACACCAGGGGGCGCUGACCUGCCUGGCGUGUAACAAGGACGGCUCUCUGGUGCUGACAGGUUCAGUGGACGGUUGUGCCAAACUCAUCAACACCAACACAGGCAAGGUGGUCGGAUCGUUCCCUGUGGAUGGAGGUAAAGCCAAAGGAUCAAAAGACGAGGAAGAAUCCAACUCUGUCGAAUCUGUGGGAUUCUGCAACAUCCUGCCUCUCAUAGCUGUGGCGUACCUGGAUGGGACUCUGGCCAUAUACGACCUCUCAUCACAGGUCCUGAGGCACAGGUGUCAACAUGAGGCUGGCAUCGUUCACCUGCGGUGGGAAGAGUCUUCUUCUGUGGUGUCCACAUGCUGCUUAGACGGAGCACUACGCUUAUGGGACGCUCGUUCUGGCAGCAUGGUGUCUGAGUACCACGGCCACACUGCAGAGAUCCUCAACUUCACCAUCAACAGGGAAGCGUCUCUCGCAGUAACCGCUUCAGGAGACAGCCAGGCGAAAGUCUUCUGCCUCCAAAGACCUGAUCGAUAAAGAGAGCAGGAAGAAAGGAGAUGGGAAGUAGAGGAGAGGAAAUAUUUCAGGAGAGACUUUUGAUGAUCAGACAUUUUGUUCUUUAAUACUGGAGAACAUGUUUCCCUUCUCCUCAGGAUUUUAAAAUGUUGUGUGGUCUCACCAUCUUAUCUGACCUGCUUUAGUAGGAUUUUAGCAUCCAAAUGAUUCUUUUUUUUCUGUUUUCAUCAGAAUUUCAGUUGUGCUUCUGGGAGAUGUUUAAGCUAAUUCAAGGAGACCUAAACUGAGAGAAAAAAAGUUUUUCAAAAAGAGUUUUUGAUCUUGUCUACACAGGAGUUUCAAAUCUGAUCUUUAAAACAAGCUGUUCCUCGUUACUUUCUUCUAAGUAUGCUUCUAAGAGUCUGAGAGACUCAACAGAAAAAAAUUUAAAGAGUGAUACAUUACGGUGUCCUUUGACAUCCCUUUUAAAGAGAUAAAACAUAAGACAAAAAAGAGGAAUUGUUUUUGGUCUUGAUUAUAUUAUAGUUUUUUGUUCAUUCUCCAAGUCCUAGUUUACCCCUUGAGGAUGUGUGUGUGUGGUCUUCCAGCUGUUCAGUCAGGAAUUACCUCGCCAAAUUUUGAUGAUGUAAACUCAAGUGUAAAUACAAAAUAAUAAAUAAUUUACUUUC